AUGGCUGACCUCUCUGCGGACAUUGAGGACAUUCGUUUGGGUAUCCAGACGAUGAUGCAUGGCGAUCAAACGAACCGCGAGAGUCGAGCCGGCGGUCGCGGCGAGGACGACGAUUCGGAUGCCGCGGUGGAGGAGUAUAAUCCCUUGGCAUUUACAGCAGGUCGGGCUACAAGACAUGCUCGGCGGGUCUAUGUUGGUGGGCUCUCCGCAACUGCUAAUGAGCAGUCCGUGGCUACCUUCUUUAGUCAUGUUAUGUCAGCAAUUGGAGGAAAUACUGCUGGUCCAGGAGAUGCUGUGGUCAAUGUUUAUAUCAACCACGACAAGAAGUUUGCUUAUGUGGAGAUGCGAUCUGUUGAGGAGGCCAGCAAUGCGAUGGCUUUAGACGGCAUUAUGUUCGAGGGUGCACCGGUUAAAGUGAGAAGACCGAGUGAUUAUAACCCUUCACUGGCAGCAACUCUUGGCCCCAGUUUGCCCAAUCCCAAUCUGAAUCUUGCUGCUGUUGGGCUCACGCCAGGAUCUUCUGGUGGGCUUGAAGGCCCAGACCGCAUAUUUGUCGGAGGUUUAAUGUACUAUUUUACGGAAGAACUGGUUAGAGAGCUGCUGGAGACCUUUGGGCCGCUUAGGGGUAUUGAUCUGGUCAAAGAUAGAGAAACUGGGAACUCAAAGGGCUAUGCGUUUUGCGUUUACGAGGAUCCGUCUGUAACGGACAUUGCUUGUGCGGCUCUCAAUGGUAUGAAGAUGGGAAACAAGACUCUUACUGUCAGACGCGCUAACCAGGGUGUUCAACCUAACCCUGAGCAAGAGAGCGUGCUACUCCAUGCCCAGCAACAGGUGGCUUUGCAGGUAAAUGGAGAUUUUGAUGUUGUGUUAUAUGUUAUAUCCUUUAUGUUUGGUGCUGCCACCAAACCCCUGAGAUUAGGCUUUAGUUCUCUGAAGGAGAUUACAGUGGCUAGUACCCAAGCAGAAGUCCAGCAUCCAGGCUGUUAG